GAGGAAGGAGUUAAAUCUCCCUCCUUGGAGGUCGCUACACCCGGGGAGCGUCCCUUAGGCCCCGCCCCGGCACGCUGACUGGCCCACGCCUUCCCGGUCCUGCCCCGGGACUGGCCGCUGGGAGCGCGCCUCCGGCGUUGCCUUGGUCCCGGACUCGCCUUUCGGGCCAUAGCGGCCUCCUGCCGGAGGUGUAGGAGCUGCCGCCUCUGGGCUGCCCUCCAGCCAUGGGGCUAUCGGAAGCGCCGGGGCGGCUGCCCAGCUGUAGCGAGGGAUGGGGCGGGAGCCGGAGCGACCUCGGCUCCUGCGGGCUGUGCGGAAAGCCGCUUGAGCGCCGUUCGAGGGUUAGCCGGGGACCGCCCGUAGGCGGCUGCGUGCAGAGGAGCCCCGGCCCAGGAAAUGCGCGCUGGGGCCCGGGAGGUCGCUGCAAGAGUGUCCAUAACGGGAGCCUGAGUCUACCCAGCGAUGCAACUGGUCCUGGAAUUAGUUCUCCCGCCUUUCAGCCUGCCGGGCCCUCCCAGGCGGGUGGGGCCACAGAUUUCAGCCCCGCCUUCCGAGCACGGAUCCUGCGGGGGGGGGGGGUGGGGGAGGCCCUUAAGACCUCGAGUGACUCACGGAGGAGGGGCGAGGGGGCUCAAAGAUCUCUGUGAGACGGCGAUGCAGAGUCUCCAAGGAUCGUCCUUGCACCCUCUCCACUCCUUCCUCCAACCGGGACAUCCAGGUUAGAGGCCUUUUCUAGGUGAGCUCCUGCCACUCGGGUGGGAUCCCCCACCUUGGUCAGAGUUUCUCACAGAUCAGAACUUUCCUGACAGGUAAAGGCUUUCCCAGCAGGGGAGAGCUUCCCUCCAGGUAAGACUCCCCUUUCUGGAAUCCACUACCAGGUGAAAGCUUUCUCCCAUUAUAGGUGGGAGCCUCCCCCAGGUCAGAGCUUCCCUUAAGUGAGAAUCCCCUCUAGACCGGAACAUUCCUGGCAGGUGAAAACUUUCCCCCAGAUAAGCCCUCCCCUUCUAAGAGCUCCUAUUCCCAGGUGAGAACUGUUCCUGGGAUAGCUUCCCCCGGGUAAGAACUCCCUCUCCCCACAUCUCCUAGAUUCCCAAGUGAGAUCUUUCCCCUUAUUCGGUGGUAGCUACUGGGCAGAUGAGAAAUUCUCCCCAGGACAGAACUUACCUCACUGGUGAAAACUUUCCUGUCAGGUGAGAGCUUCCCCUUAGGUGAGAUCGUUCCCCCUUCAGAUGGGAGCUUGCCUUUACAGGCAGAAACCUUUCCUUCCAGGUGAGAGCCACCCCUGGCUUUCCCAGAAGAGGCCUGAACUUGUCUACAGUCUGGACCCUGGGGCCAGAGGCCCAGGGGCAAUCUUAGCCCCAAAACUUACCUUCUCUUAGAGCCUCCUCAUGUGACGAAAAUCUUGCCUAGUUUGCUGGAUUCCUUCCUUGCAUGUGCUCCCAGACAGCAUGCACUGGGCUCAUGGGCAGUUGGAUAAGGACUCAGACUAGACAGGGAUUGGCUGGGGAAGAGCAGGGCCUGAGGGAAGGGGGCUAGGAGGGGCAGUCAGCCUGGGACCCAGACUGGUGAACACUCAGGGCUGGGCAGUCGCAGCUGGGCUGAAGCUUUGGUUGCGCUCAUCCUGCUGUCUUCGUGGGGGACUUUGGCCCAUCAAGAGUCUGCCACCAGCCAAAGUUCAGGUACUGCCCCUGGCUGGGCGUGGGCAUGGAGCCCGCAGGAACCAGCUGGGGGGGUUGGACCUACCUAGAUCUUGGGACCUAGAGAAGUCAGGUGGGUGACUUUCUGGUCCCUUGGGGAGGUAGGGCCAGGAGUGCCCUCACUAUGUCUCUCGCCUCACCACCCCAGACAAAGGGACACACAGGCACUGCUGUCCACAACGCAUGCGAUGGAGCUGAGGAGGCGAGACUACCAUGUGGAGCGGCCACUGCUGAACCAGGAACGGCUGGAGGAGCUGGGAAGGAGGGGUUCAGCAGCUGGGACCCGCCAAUGGCGAACCUGGUUUCGGUGUUCCCGUGCUCGGGCCCGAGCCCUUCUGCUCCAAUACCUCCCAAUUUUGGCUUGGCUACCCCAGUAUCCAGUGCGUGAGUGGCUUCUGGGUGACCUGUUGUCUGGCCUGAGUGUGGCCAUUAUGCAGCUACCACAGGGCCUGGCCUACGCCCUUCUGGCUGGACUGCCCCCUGUGUUUGGCCUCUACAGUUCCUUCUACCCUGUCUUUAUCUAUUUCCUAUUCGGCACUUCCCGGCACAUCUCCGUGGGCACUUUUGCUGUCAUGUCCGUGAUGGUGGGCAGUGUGACAGAAUCGCUGGCCCCAGAUGAGGCCUUCCUGCAGGACUUGAACUCCACAGUCAAUGUAACGGCCAGAGACGCUGCCCGGGUGCAGCUGGCCUCCACACUCAGUGUCCUGGUUGGCCUCUUCCAGGUGGGGCUAGGCCUGGUGCAUUUCGGCUUUGUGGUCACCUACCUGUCUGAGCCUCUUGUCCGCGGCUAUACCACAGCUGCAUCCGUGCAGGUCUUCGUCUCGCAGCUCAAGUAUGUGUUUGGCCUCUAUCUGAGCAGCCGCUCUGGGCCGCUGUCCCUCAUCUAUACAGUACUGGAGGUCUGCUGGAAGCUGCCCCAGAGCGUGGUGGGCACCAUGGUGACCGCAGUUGUGGCAGGGGUGGUACUCGUGCUGGUGAAGCUGUUGAAUGACAAACUACGUCGACAUCUGCCCCUGCCGAUCCCCGGGGAGCUGCUUACGCUCAUCGGGGCCACGGGCAUCUCCUACGGCGUGGGCCUGCAGCACAGAUUUGGGGUGGAUGUCGUGGGCAAAAUCCCUGCAGGGAUGCUGCCUCCAGUGGCCCCCAGCCCCCAGCUGUUUGCCAAGCUUGUGGGAAAUGCCUUCGCCAUCGCUGUGGUUGGGUUCGCCAUUGCCAUCUCGCUGGGGAAGAUUUUUGCCCUGAGGCAUGGCUACCGGGUGGACAGCAACCAGGAGCUGGUGGCCCUCGGCCUUAGUAACCUCAUCGGGGGCAUCUUCCAGUGCUUCCCUGUGAGCUGCUCUAUGUCCCGGAGCCUGGUUCAGGAGAGCACGGGGGGCAACACACAGGUGGCUGGAGCCGUCUCCUCCCUCUUCAUCCUCAUUAUCAUCCUCAAACUUGGUGAACUCUUCCAAGACCUGCCCAAGGCAGUCCUGGCAGCCGUCAUCAUCGUGAAUCUGAAGGGCAUGCUGAUGCAGUUCAGAGACAUAUGCUCCCUCUGGAAGGCAAAUAGAGUGGAUCUGCUCAUCUGGCUGGUGACCUUUGUAGCCACUAUCCUGCUGAACCUGGACAUUGGUCUGGUAGUGGCAGUAGUCUUCUCCCUGCUGCUCGUGGUGGUCCGCACACAGAUGCCCCACUACUCUGUCCUGGGCCAGGUGCCAGACACGGAUAUUUACAGAGAUGUGGCAGAAUACUCAGAAGCCAGGGAGGUCCCGGGCGUGAAGGUGUUCCGCUCCUCGGCCACCGUGUACUUUGCCAACGCUGAGCUCUACAGUGACGCGCUGAAGCAGAGGUGCGGUGUGAACGUGGACCACCUCAUCUCCCAGAAGAAGAAGCUGCUCAGGAAGCAGGAGCUGAAGCUGAAGCGACUGCAGAAGGAGAAUAAGCUCCUGAAACAGGCUGCCGCCUCCAAGGGCACUUCGGUUUCCAUCAGUGUCAACGCCAGUGUCACCGACAUCGACAGCAGCAAUGCAGAGGACUCCAAGGCCAAGCAGGGGACUGCAGGGAAUGAGCUAGAGGAUAUGGCAGCCAGGGGUCCAGAAGAUGCCAAGGCCCCAGACAUGUCCUCACUGAAGGCCCUGGGCCUGCCUCAGCCAGAUUUCCACAGCCUCAUCCUGGAUCUGGGCGCCCUCUCCUUUGUAGACACUGUGUUCCUCAAAAGCCUGAAGAAUAUUUUCCGUGACUUCCGGGAGAUCGAGGUGGAAGUCUACAUGGCCUCCUGUCACUCUCCCGUGAUCACCCAGCUUGAGGCCGGGCACUUCUUCGAUGCAACUAUCACCAAGCAGCAUCUCUUUGCCUCUGUCCACGAUGCUGUCAUCUUUGCACUCCAGCGUCUGAGGUCCAGCCCCGUCAGCCCUGUUUCGGUUACCAAACUCUGACCGUGCUGCCCCCUGCCUGAGACUGCUCACAUCUGGAGGUUGUGAUGGGGUACCCAUGAGAACCCCCCAACCCCUGGGCUGCCUCCAUGUGUUCCCCAGGAGUCCCCUCCACAUGCACACACACACACAACUCAGGGAUGGAGGUCCUGGGACUCCAAGUUCAAUUCUCUAGGCCUGCGAUGAGGCACUGGGCAAGUUGGAGGAGCAUACAUGGUUUUAGUCUCAGGAAUAAAGAUUUGUUUGCCCAA